AUGGCAUCAUUCACAGGAACUCUCGACAAGUGCAAGGCUUGCGACAAGACCGUUUAUUUCGUCGACUUACUGUCUGCUGACGGGGCGACUUUCCACAAAUCAUGCUUCAAAUGCAGCCACUGCAAAGGGACCCUUGUCAUGAGCAACUACUCUUCCAUGGAUGGAGUUCUCUACUGCAAGCCUCACUUUGAGCAGCUUUUCAAGGAGUCUGGAAAUUUCAGCAAGAAUUUCCAAAAUGACAAAUGCCCUGCUUGCAACAAAACUGUGUAUCCCCUAGAGAAGGUGAUUAUGGAGGGAGAAUCAUUUCACAAGUCAUGCUUCAAGUGUGCCCAUGGAGGCUGCCAUCUCACACACUCAUCCUAUGCUGCUCUUGAUGGUGUCCUCUACUGCAAGGUCCAUUUUCAGCAGCUUUUCAUGGAGAAAGGAAAUUACCAACACGUCCUCAACUCCGCCCAUCACAAGAAGGGGACAGUCGAGCUUGUCGAGGCCGAAUCCAAUGAGGCCGAGAAGCCAAAAGAGGAGUCGGAUGCAGAGGAGAAGGAGGAGAAAAAGGAUUCGGAGGAUGAGUCCGACAAGGCACAAGAACAAUCCCCGAAGAAAAAUAUUUCCGACGAAAGCGUAUAA